AUGUCGUUAACAGCUGAACAGGUGUUGGUGCCUCCAAAAUUUGAUAUGGAGCGUCUCAUUAGUAUCAUCAGAGCACCUGAAUUCCCGGAACAAGCCUCCAAAGAUUGGGUGACUGAUCAUCAACUUUUCGUGCUUCAAGUAUGUGUCCUGUAUGUGGUCGUGAUAUUCGGCACUAAAUAUUUCAUGAAAAAUCGUCAGCCGUUCGAGCUGUUCUUCCCGCUGAAUGUUUGGAAUGCUUUCCUGGCCGCGUUCAGUAUUGCCGGAACACUUAUGCUUCUGCCGGAAUUCUUUUCCACUAUCCAGACGAAAGGCUUCCAAAAUUCCUAUUGUAAACGUUACAACUUCACCAGUGGAACGAACGGUUUCUGGGGUUGGAUGUUCAUUCUGUCGAAAGUGUUCGAAAUGGGCGAUACGGUGUUCUUGGUGUUGAGAAAGAAACCGUUGAUGUUCGUGCACUGGUAUCAUCAUAUUCUAACGCUGAUUUACGCAUUCUAUUCCUAUCCCACAACGCCAGGUUUCAAUCGAUGGGGUGUUAAUCUCAAUUUCUUCGUACACGCUUUCAUGUAUAGUUACUACUUCACUCGUUCACUGAAAAUCCGUGUCCCCGGUGUAGUCGCCGAGUUUAUCACGACCCUGCAGAUUUUGCAAUUUGCCAUCAGUCUCGGAAUUCUCUUACAUCUUGGAGUGUUGAUCUACAUUCAGAACGUGGAAUGUGAUUUCGACAGUCACAUAUUUGCAUUGGCACUUUUCAUGGAUGGCACGUACUUGAUUCUUUUCAUCAACUUCUUUUUGCGUUCGUAUGUAAUCGGAGGUGGCAAGAGUAAAUAUCGCUGUGAAAGAAGUGCUAAAAAACAGAAUUAA